GUGUGCAGUGGUUCCUUCCUGAAUGGCGGCGGCCCUGGUGGAGACACGCUGCCCGCUGCGUGGAUAAACAAACCCGCAAAAACGCACCGAUUUACGGGUUUUUAUGUGAAGAAACGCAAGAAUCUGAACCGCGGUUUAACAACUGAAGCUCCGUAAAGUAGAAACAACAGAAACGACAGAAACAGCGACGUGACAAGAUGCCUCAUCGAAAGAAAAAGUCGUUCAUUGAGAAGAAGAAGGCGGUGACGUUCCACCUGGUCCACCGCAGUCAGAGAGACCCGCUCGCCGCAGACGAGAAAGCCCCGCAGCACGUGCUCCUGCCCGCCAACAAGGCGGAGGUGGAGAAACGGCGCGAGGAGCAGAGGAGCUACGGCGUGUUUUUCGAUGAUGAUUACGAUUACCUGCAGCACCUGAAGGAGGCGUCGGGGACGUCUGAGCUCGUGCCGGGGCUGGACAUGAGGACGGAGAGACGGAUUCAGCUCAGAGACGAAGAGGAGGAGGAGGAGGAGGAGGAAGAGGAGCAGACUGGGACCACUACGAGCAUCAAGCUUCCGUCCUCGGUGUUUGCGUCGGAGUUUGAGGAGGAGGUGGGAUUACUGAACAAAGCUGCGCCCGUCUCAGGGCCUCGUCUGGACAUGGACCCCGACAUCGUGGCCGCUCUCGAUGAAGAUUUUGACUUCGACGACCCAGAGAAUAUUUUAGACGACGACUUCAUUCUGAAAGCGAACGGCUCGGAGAGGACGACCUUCAGCGGUGACGGUGAUGAAGACGACGACGACGAUGAAGAGUGGGAGGACACAGACGAGGAGGACUUUGACUCGGACGGAGCUUUGUCCGACGGGCAGAUCCCAGACGGCGGCGCUCGCGAGUUCCUGUUUGAGGACGAGGAGACGAGGACGCGCUUCACGGAGUAUUCUAUGACGUCGUCCGUGAUGAGGAGGAACGAGCAGCUCACUCUCCUCGACGACCGCUUCGAGAAGUUUUAUGAGCAGUUUGACGAGGACGAGAUCGGGGCCCUGGAUAACGCGGAGCUGGAGGGACACAUCGAGCCGGACUCCUGCCGCCUGGAGGAGGUGAUCCAGGACUAUUACAGACAGAAGCACAACGAGUCUCUGCGGCCCGAGGACCUGGGGCCAAAGGAACUUCCUGUUCUGGAGGAAGUGGAGAGUUCGGAGGAGGAGGAGCUUCAGACGGUGGUGAUCGAAGCGCCGGACGAGAAGUGGGACUGUGAGACCAUCAUCAGCUCGUACUCCAACAUUUACAACCGACCCAAAGUCAUCGAGGAGCCACAGAAGCCGAAGCAGAUUCGAGUGUCGGCGAAGUCCGGGGUCCCGCUCGACGUCCUGCCCCCCAAAGGCCCGACCGCCAAACAGAGCGAACGCAUGACGAGGAUCAACCCCGGAGACCUGCCCACCGCCGCCACCCAACCACGCAGCCGCGACGAGAGCCGCGACGACAGGAGGAGGAGGAAGAACGCCGUCAAGGAGGAGCGCAAGGAGCGAAGGAUCGAGAAAAAGGCAAACAAAACUGCAUUUAAAGAAGAGAAGGCACGACAAGAGAAACAACUGCACAAUCUGCACACAAACAUCCAGGGACUCAAACUCUAAACAACAAACAAACAAACAACAGGCUUUUAUUCUGAAAAGAACUGGACCGCAGAGAGGGGCACUUCCUGGAGCUAUGAGGACUCUUAUUUUGAAGGCGAGAGUUCACUUCCUUCUGCUCCACCUGAACCGCCUCACGUCACGUUUAACUGAGACUUUAACGUUUGGACCCGUCUGUGUUUUUGUGUAACUUUUGCAGUAACUAAAAAUGUUUAUCAAAAUGA